AUGUCAAACAUUUGGAGAAGCAAGAUUUUCCAUUUGGUUCGCCAAAACUCUACUAAAGCGGGAUCCUCUUUCGGCGUUUCUCCCCAGUUAGCGGAGCUUCGUGUGGGGAAAAUAAUAGAAGUGAGAAAACACGAAAAUGCGGAUCGUCUAUAUGUCUCAAAAGUUCAAUUAGCCGAGCACCCACAAAGCCCCAAAUUUGUUCAAGUUUGCAGCGGACUUGUGGAUUAUAUACCCAUUGAGACCAUGCUUCAUUCAAGAGUUUGUCUGGUGACCAAUUUGAAACCCAGCAAAAUGCGUGGUGUAAUGUCAGAGGCAAUGCUCCUAGCAGCCACAAAUGCUGACAAUUCCGAGGCUGAAAUAGUUGAUGCUCCAGAAGGUGUUCCGUUAGGCACCUUGCUGUAUUUUGAAGGGCAUAAAAAUGAGCAUGAGAGUUUCGCAAGGUUGAGCUUUUCCCAAUGGAAAAGUAUUGCCGAAAACCUUCAUACAGACUCGAACGGCAAUGUGGUAUUCGGGAAUGAGCGGCCUUCAUUGUUGCGUAGCGAAAUAAACGAUGAUCCUUGUACUGUUCAAACGUUGACUAAUUGCAAAGUUCACUGA